AGAUUGGAUUUCACCAUGCAGCGCCCAAGCAUGCUCAUGACACUGUCGUACAGCCGCCUCCACGCGCACGACUUCCCGAGCCUCCCGAGCCCAAUGAGCGUCAUGGAGUGCGUCGCGUCGCCGCGCCUCCUCCCCGCCUUUGACGUCGUCUUUCGCAACCACGCAACGGCCUCACCCCGCGUGAGCUCGCCGCAGCUGCCGCCGCUUCGCGAAACCCUGCUAACGCCGACGCACUCGCCGUACACCAAGCCCAUCAAGCGCAACGACGUGGGCAUCAAGCUCUGCUCCGUCCACGGCUGCGCCAAACGGGCCAAGGCCGGCGGCGUCUGCAUCGCCCACGGCGGCGGCAUUCGCUGCGCCAAGGACGGCUGCGCCAAGCACGCGGUCAGCAUGGGCCACUGUAUUAGUCACGGCGGUGGGAAGCGCUGCACGGUGCUGGGCUGCCACAACGCGUCGCGCAAGUACGGCGUCUGCUGGAGCCACGGCGGGAAGCGCAUGUGCCUCAAGGAAGGGUGCGCAAAAGGCCCCAAGACCGGCGGCUACUGCUGGGCUCACGGCGGCAAAGCCAAAAAGUAGAAGCGUCGUAGUUCUACAUCGUCGUAGAAGACCGG